AUGCCUGUUUUGUUUUGUCCCGUAUGUGAUUCUCUAUUGUCAAUCGAAGAAUCUUCUCAUUGUUAUGCUUUAAAUUGUACCGAUCCUAGUUGUGCGUACCAAUGGUUCGUGACCUCACUUAUUGUUUCUUCUGCCCAAAUAGAGGAGAAGUGCCCGAAAUGUGGUCAUAACCGAGCCUAUUUCAUCCAGAUGCAGACACGGUCAGCCGAUGAACCCAGCACUACAAAGUAUUCAUGCAUGAAGUGUGAGUUUGUAUGGACCGAAAACUAG